AUGCUGAUAAAAUGAGAGCUAAACAAGCUGCUGAUGCAAAGAAAGCUGAAGAAGCUCAACAACCAAAGAAAUGAACUUUAUAGACAUCAUGUUCAAUACUUAUUAGAAUCUUGUAUUUAGAAUUUAUUGGGUUGUUGAAUUAGUUCAAUAUCCCCCACUAUAGGUAUAGUUUCUACCCCCCACCCGUUAGCACCCGCCACCCCCACACCAUUCAAUAUAAGUUCUUUACGGAUUGGGUAUACACGCCCCAAAUGUAGAAAUUAAUCGGAACCAACGAAAAAUUGGGAACUAUAAAUACAUCCCCUAUUUACUUCUUUAUUUCAUUUUUUGCAAUUGAGUUAAAACUAACUAACUAAACCAUUACUAACCAUGUUAAUUGACGAAUAUCAUUAUGAUGUUAAAACAUCCUACGGAACAACUAUGAGAUUAUUUGUAUUUCAUCCAAAGAUUGCAAAUUAUCCAAAAGCUAAAUUCCCGGGUGUAAUUGUUUAUUCUGAAAUUUAUCAAGUGACAGGUCCUGUAUCAAGAUUUGCUAAGGAUAUUGCUGGUCAAGGAUUCGUUGUGGUUUGUCCUUCAAUUUAUCAUAAUUUUGUUAAUUCAGAUGCUUUGGCUUAUGAUGACGAAGGUACUGAUAAUGGAAAUCUUUACAAAAUUGAAAAAGAAUUAAAAUCUUAUGAUGAAGACAAUUCCCUUGCCAUUGAGUACUUAUUAUCUUUACCAACUUGUAAUGGUAAGAUUGGUGCUACUGGUAUGUGUCUUGGUGGUCAUUUAGCUUUCAGAUCUUCCUUAGAUCCAAGAGUUAGUGCAGCCGUUUGUUUCUUCGCUACUGAUAUUCACAUCCAUGCUUUAGGUAAGGGUAAAAAUGAUGAUUCUUUAAUCAGAUCUAAAGAAAUCCAAGGUGAAAUCGUUAUGAUCUUUGGUUGUAAGGAUAAUCAUGUUCCAUUAGAAGGAAGAGAUUUAAUUAGAUCUACAUUAAGAAAAAACAAUGUGGCAAUGACCUUCAUUGAAAUCAAUGAUGCUCAACAUGCUUUUGUUAGAGAUGAAUUAAGUAAAGGUAGAUACGAUCCAGCCAUUACUAAGAACUGUACUGAAUGGUUAUUUGAAUUAUUCAACCGUAAAUUAAAAAUAGAAUACGGUGACCAUGACGGUAAAGCUGUUACUAUUGAAAAUAUUUGUUAAUUUCAAUAGUUUUUUUCUUUUUUUCUUUUUCUUUUUUUGGAUCUAUACUAAUACUAUCCAUGUUCGAAAGACCUGCUUAUGUCAACCCAGGUCUCAUAGUGUUUAAAGUCAUUUAUUAUAAAUUAGUUACGUUUCGUAUUCUUUUAAUAUAAGUCUGUCUUACCAUGAUAUGAAGUUGUGUACUUGCCAUUACCGUUUUUAUGUUGGCAUAUGAUUGCGAAAAUUAUUGAAUGAAAUUAUAUCAAUUCCUCACCUAGUUGGACUAAAUAUUGACAGCUUGGAG